AUGUCCUCUUCUGUAGACAUUCCCCCACUAAUGUCUUCUGAUGUAUGUUUACAGGAUGCAGCAUACCUGGAGCCGUGUCAGACUGACAGAGGUCAACCCGCACCUAGUGAUGCAGCAUACCUGGAGCCGUGUCAGACUGACAGAGGUCAACCCGCACCUAGUGAUGCAGCAUACCUGGAGCCGUGUCAGACUGACAGAGGUCAACCCGCACCUAGUGAUGCAGCAUACCUGGAGUUGUGUCAGACUGACAGAGGUCAACCCGCACCUAGUGAUGCAGCAUACCUGGAGCCGUGUCAGACUGACAGAGGUCAACCCGCACCUAGUGAUGCAGCAUACCUGGAGUUGUGUCAGACUGACAGAGGUCAACCCGCACCUAGUGUGUGUCCUCUGAUGCAGCAUACCUGGAGCCGUGUCAGACUGACAGAGGUCAACCCGCACCUAGUGUGUGUCCUCUGUCAUGGAUACUUUAUUGACGCGACCACAAUGGCCGAAUGUCCUCACUCAUUCUGCCGCAGUUGCAUCGUCCUGUACCUGGAGACCAAGGCUUACUGUCCCAUCUGCGAGGUACAGAUCCACAAGACCAAGCCUCACCUCAACCUCAAACCUGACAAGACUCUGCAGGACAUCGUGUACAAGCUGGUGCCGGGGUUGUACCACGAGGAGAUGCGACGUAGGAAGGAGUUCUACGCCAAGUAUCCCAACAGAGACCUGUACCUGAGCCCCGAGGCUCGUGGUGUCGGCGUGGAGAGGAUCAUCUACUCACCAGAGGAUCAGAUCAGCCUGUCCUUGGAGUACUACGACGAAAGUGACAAAACCGAAGCAGAGGGUCACAGACUUCGCAAAAAGGAGAGAGUUUCGAAUCGAUCUGACCGAGAAAGAGAGGAGUGGGCUCCCACCCGGCCAGGCACCCAGCCCGUCGUCCCACUACAGAAGCCCACACCAGACAGUAAUGGCCUCAAGAGGUAUCUUCAGUGUCCCGCUGUGGUCACCAUGAGACAUCUCAAGAAGUUCCUGCGGCUAAAGUACGGCCUCUCACCUUCAUGCACUGUCGAAAUCCUUUACAGACGAGAAUCUUUGCCGGAUUCGUACUCACUGAUGGACAUCGCAUACAUUUACACGUGGAAAAGGAAUGGCCCUAUGCGGUUCUACUAUCGCAUCCACGUGCCCACCACGCUUAGAACCAUCCUUCCUCCACUAAAGCCGUCCUCGGAACCCAUCCGAGACCUGGGUCCACCCAAGAGACAUCCUGGAUCAGAGUUGCUGGACGCCGUAGGUCUUCGCCCCAAGCCCAUAGACCCGCCGCGAGAUCCGACAUUAGAUCCGCCACAGCUCGAGGAGAAGCCUCAUAAGAAGGGGGUGGAAGAAACAGCAAAGCCGACUGACGAGUUGAAAACUAGUGUAACUAAAGAAGAAAAAGAUAGAAUCAAAAUGAGCCCAGAGGAGAGCAAUGCAGUCAACCAGUUACUCGCUUUGAGCUCGGGUCAAAUACCUGUCGCAAAUUCGUCAAAACCAAAGGAGACAUCAGAACCAGUAUCGUCAAUUUUGACGACACCUACAGAGUCAGGUGUAGUUACUACCCCGGCAGUAGCAGCGACCGUGUCAGUUACACCUGGUGCUCCGAGCAUAACGACAAGUGUGACUGAGGCACCGACCAAAUCGACCACCAGUAACGGCAACGUGUUCAAAGUACCGCAGUCGAUGACGAAGCGAUUCGUCCUCAACGGUGGCAAAUUGGUCGCGGCCAAGAACAAACAAUCGAACGCCAAGGUCGGCGGCAAGCUCGGGGAAAAGAGCAGAGUGAAUGGAAAACUCGUCAAUGGGGACAAUACCGUUGAUAGGUACACAAACCCUCUCGGACUUGGAGGAAUGCAAGGAGGCAGACUGCCGCCGGGCUCACCGCGACCUCCACCCAACUCUGAUAAGAUCAUGAAGACAAAGUACAUGCCUCCGGCGGGACUACUCAUGAGUCGUCUUCCCGAAGUGACCGUGUCCCAGAAUAAAUCACCAUCCGAACAGCGUGUGGCCCAGAAAACGCAAGUCCCUCAAGUAUCUUCUAGUCAGCCUCAAUCGAAGCAUAACCAAAAUCAAAAUCGUCCCGUCUUGAACGCGAACGGGAAUAAAACCGCGUCGCCAAAUGGUCAGCCCCCGCACAGGAAGGAAACUAACAGGCUGGAGCAGAUUGUGCAGAACUGCCUCAAGAAAGAGACGACGCAGAAAAAGGAAACGGAAGCGCGAUGUGAAGCUAACGGCAUGAAGCGGAACGGGACACUGAGUGCGAACGGGAGCGAGAGUGCGCGCGCCGCCUCGUCGAUACGACCCCCUGACCACGCGGGUGUCGAUAGAGUCGAUAGCGCGGCGGUGGGGACGAGCAUCUUGAAGAGGAAACUAAACGACAAUCCCUUAAACAAGCAAGCCGCCCCCGAGGGACUCGGAGAUGCCAAGAAGAGGCGACUCGUCACACCCGACGUGUCCAUCGAGUUAACGACACACCCGUCAAAGGACAAACAGAAAGAGCGAAAACCAAGUGAUCUAUCGACAUUAACGAAACGCUUCUUACACGACAUACAGCGAACCUCUAUGAAAAAGAUAGACUCUGAAAUCAAAACCAACAAGUUGGAGCAAAUGUGUGCAUCUACUGUGAAGAUAGAGAAAGUCCCGGCGCCCCCUAGUCGGAGUGCACCUGCGCCCAAAACGGCCGUGAAUGGAACGGAAAAGACCAAACCCAUCGAUAGUACCGAGUUCAGUAGUGACGAAGAUCAACUGUUCAUAGACAUAAGGAACAAAUGCGAGGCAUUAAAAAGAAAGAAUCCCGAACCUGUAAGCAUCGCUAUUGAGAGAGUUUCCGAGGACCCGAACGCCAAAACAGACUCCGUCCAGUCUCCCCCUUCAACAGACACUGAGGCUACAACCACAAGUUCUACUCCUCCAGUCUCCAACACAACAACGAAUACGGACGUUACUCCAAAACCUUCUGGAACUCACAAAAAGCUACCUCGUCUCAUCGAAAUAAACGCCCCUCCCCGACCCAAAGUGCCAUCUCUCAUCAGUGACCCGAAACAAAAAACUGGGGUGAAAAUGACCACCGUGAGAAAAGAGGUGCCGAUCGGAAAAGAAGGGCCCCAAGUACGUCGUGAUAGUAAUGGUGCUUUGGACCUCUCUGCGGGAAUGUCACCACCCAGCAAAACCGGCAGCAAGUCUCCCUUACCUCGCACACUGUCUUCAGAAAAAUCUCCGACUCCUUCGGCGUUAUCACCUCUCUUGGCGAUGUCUUCUUUUCCCCUCCCAGAAACUAAGGCUUCCCCUAUACGGAUUCCAAAUAUAAAACCCAAAACGUCUCCAAACCCUCGACCCUCUUCUCUAUCCUCGUCCUCGCCAUCGCCUCCAGCAGAACCUAGAGCCGCCUCUGAGGUUUUCCCUUCUGCUGCGGCCUAUCAGCAACUCUACCGCCAUCAGAUGGAGCUGCAGAGCAGAUUUCUCGCGUCUCAAGUCAACAACAACAACUGGUCCAGGGAGAACCCUCUGACACCCAAGAAGUUCGAGGAUUGGAUGAGGAACGUGAUGAAUCUUCCUCAUCACCCUCUCAUGUUCCCGUCCCAGCUGAGCCCAGAGUCGGGCCGCAAGUGACGGACUCCAGCUGAUCGUCAACCCCUCAAGACUGACCGGUUUAUAUUCAUGUUUUCGGACUAGAAAGACUUAGUGAAAGUUCCUUUAGUAAGAUGCCUUUGAUAACGACGACGUAGCCGUUAGCAACUGUGUACAAUUCUGAAUGCAAAUUUUAAGACUGAAUGACGCCUUCGAUUUCAGUUUUCAGGACUAUCAGGGUUUCUUACGAUAACAAUGGUUGUAUAUAAUGUAUUUUAGUCUAUUGAUAUAGGUCAAGUUGUAUUCUAUUGUUAUCCGUAAUGUUUAGACGAAUAAGAAGUAAUCUAUAUAAUUUGGUUUUAUUAUGAGUUUCUUUUUCUAUACGAGAAUGAUAAAAUAAAUUGCUGUUAGUUGUAUUAUUUCUGUGCUUUAAAUUAACGUUUUAAGUUUUUAAGAAUGAAUAUAUAUUUUUAAAACUUGCUUUUAAUUUGUAAC